AUGGCUUUUCUUCGAGAAAUUAACUUCGGAACACUGUUUGUUUCCGUGUUGGUUUUAACAACCACAGUGUGCUCAGCAGAAUUUCAUACUUUGCUUGGAAAGUCUAUCUACGUUCCGAGAGAAGACUUGUUGGGGGACAUUCCGAAUGGAAUAUCGUUCUUCAAAGAAAUUAAAACCGAAGAAUGUUUGCGCAAAGUGAACUUAGCCACCACGAUCAAGGAUCAGUCAUUUUACAAGAACACUGGAGAGUUUUACAAAAGCAUCGCAACAGAAACAGGUCUUGAGGCAAAGUACGAGGGAGGUUUCUCUCUCGGUGCUUCUGUGGACGCGACAACGAAGAGCGUGAGCGGCAGCAAGCGUGAAGUCAGCGGUACCUCGCUCAAUCUCGCAACGAAAGCUUUUGAACAGCAGAUGAAACCAAACUGCCUUUACAACACAGAGAUGCAUUCAAGACUCCUAAGCGAUUUUGAGAGUUUGCCAGAAAGGAUCUCAACGCCUUGGCAUAAAUCAUCAUGGCGAGACUAUCAACGAUUUCUGAAUACGCAUGGCUCUCACGUGAUUACCGCUGUCACAUUCGGUGCAAGUAUUGACCAAUACGCGUUCGCUGAAAAAUCGUCAUCAUAUACCGCCCGCGAGUUCACAGUCAAAGCUUGUGCUUCGUUGGGUAGGGACCUCAAGGCUGCAUCAGCGUCAGUCUCCGCUUGUUCUGGUGUAAGUCAAGAAGAAGUCAACAAGAUAUCCAACGAGCGUAUGACGUCAUCGAUCACAGUUCGCGGAGGAACCGCACCGACACGUCAAAAACUCCUCUACGAUCGUUCUAACGAAAAUAUCCUGAAGUUCCUAGAUGAGGGGCACUCUACCCCUACCCCAAUACAAUACACCCUCACCCCAAUUUGGCAGGUCCUGGGUGAGCAGCAAGGCGGAAAAGUCAAAGCUAUUAAUCUUCAAUAUUACUUCGAUGGUUUCCUCAACUUUGGCUGUGACUACAAACCAGCAGCUAAAAGAGGACCAUCUCUCCAGACUUUCAACUUUGCCAAACACUCAAUAGCCUCAAAUCCUGUUUAUGAGUGCACCAUUGCACCAUCAGGCUGUCACCAUGACGACGAUUGUCAUUACACAGUUGGAGUAUAUUGCUCGUGCUAUGGUGAUUCCUGCAUAAGACAUCAUGAUAAGAAGACCGCAAGUGGAAACAUCCGCCAAGAGCCUGCCCUUCAGAAAGAAAGUGGUUGGGCAUGGAAUGGGUGUGGCUGGGCUACGGCAGGGUUUAGCUGCUACUGUGAAAAGGAAAACUCUCAAAGAAAAGCUAUCUGGCCGAUUGUUUAAAGAA